AAUCUACGACUACGACGCUGCUUUUGAGCCACUCUGCCAUUUUCUCUUUCUCUUUCUUCUAUACUGAUUUUUUUCAGUUCACUGCUCUUUCUGUAUCCAAAGACCGAAACUUUAUUGCUCCAAAAACACUUCACCCAUUCCAAAUCUCACCCUUCACUUCACAUUUCUAUGCAUUCAUUUCAACCAUUUAAUUUCCUCACUUGUUUCUUCUCUUUCACCUCAUUUCACUUGUUGUGGAACCCUUAGGGUUUGAUCCUAUUUUCCUUUCUAUCCUUUCUGUUGUUCACUACUUCACUUCAAUCUUGUUUUUCUAGUUUUUGUUUUAUUUGAUUUGGUGAGUUUUUUAUUUCUUAGCUGAUUUUAGUGUUGCUUUUAAGGAAGGUGAAAGUGUGAAGUUGACCCUUGAUUUUGAUGCUUGAGUUCUGUUCUGUAAAGCAUUAAUCUUUACUACUGCAAUGGGGAAGGGAAGAAGUCCUGGUAAAUGGAUCAAGAAUUUUAUCUUGGGAAGGAAAUCAUCAUCAAAGUCUAAUUCCUCAAAGAAAAAUAAUAUUUCUAAACUAAAUAAGAAUGACGUGCUGGGCUCUUCUGAGGUAUCUGUGUCCGAUCCAACUGUGGAUUCUUUGGUGAUAUCGGCACCAAUUUCUGGAGCUAAUGCUAAUAAUGGAGUACUUUCAGAGAAGAACAAGUCAUCCACUGAAAGGGAUAUCCUUUCAACUGGGGGUGGAGAGUCGUGUGCACAAGCUGAUGGUGCUUUCGGAUCUCAAGGGGAUCAUGAGAAUCCCAAGCUUACAGAAGCUGCUAUAAAAGUCCAGGCUGCUUGCAGAGGCUAUCAGGCUCGUCGAACAUUUCAAAUGCUCAAAGGUAUCAUACAGCUGCAAGCUCUUAUCCGUGGCCAGUUGGUUAGAAAACAAGCUGUUUCUGCUUUAUACUGUGUGAAGGGAAUAGUUAAGUUUCAAGCUUUGGCUCGUGGUUACAUUGUUAGGCAUUCAGAUAUUGGGCUUGAAGUCCUUAAAAUUCGUAAGGAUGCCCAAAAUUCAAAUUCUAUUCACGUGGCUACAUCUACCCAGGCUGAGAAGCUGCCAGAAAGUGUCUUUGUUUGCAAGCUUAUGGCUUCAUCGGGCUCUGUGGUUCCAUCAUCUCUCAGUUGUGAUCCUAAUGAACCUAACUUAGCUUGGAAAUGGCUUGACCGUUGGACAAGGUACUUUUUGGCCCCUCUUCAGGGUGUUAAGAAGAAACUUGACCCGGUCUCUGAUGAGAAAAGUUGCAGUAAUCAAGCAGUUAAAAGGAAGCAAGUCAAAAGAACUACACAGAAAUCCCCUACAGUGAAAGCUGAUGAUGGCACAAUUUCAGGUUCUAACAAAUAUAAACAGCGUCCGAAAAAGGAUUUGAACAGCCCAUCAAUUUCAGCUCAGGAAAAUACGCAAAAGGAAGCAGAGAAAAAUAGUUUGAAAAAAACUCGCCUGCAGAAUGGUUCAGAUAGAUCUGAGGUGGUUACUGAAAAAAGAAAACAAAGUACUAAAAGAAGUUCAGAGCAUACUGUUGCUGAUGUUUCAGAGCAGGUGUCAAGCGCCUCUUCGGAGAAAAUGAAAGAUUCAACACUGUCAAAGUCUAAAGAGUCAGAAGCAAAGAAAAGUCUUGGUCAACCAGAAGAAGAGAAUCAUGAUACUGAGCCGAAUAGUCUUGAGAAAUCUUGCAUGCAGAAUGUUGUAGAUAGAUCUGAGGGUGUUAAUGAGAAACAAAAGCACAGUAGUAAAAAUGUUUCAGAUGAUAUUGUCGAUCCGGGCGCAACAGCCUCUCCCGAGAACAAGAUAGAUUCGACAGUAUCAAAGCCUAAAGAAUCUGAUCCCGAGAAAUGUCUCGGACAAAAAGAAGACAAGCUCGAUAAUGAGCCACGUAGUCCUGAAAAAAUUGUCAGUCAGAAUGCUGAAGAUAGAGCUGAUAGUGACAAUGAGAAAAGAAAACACAGCGCUAUGAAAGACUCAGAUCAUACUGUUAGUGAUGUAUUGGAGCAGGGCACAAAUGCUACACCAGAGAAAAAGAAAGAUUUGGCAGUCUCAAAGCCUAAAGAAUCUGAUCCUGAAAAAAGUAUUGGACAAGAAGAUCAACAUGUUAGGGAGCCUAGUAACCCUAAAAAAUCUCAUGUUCAGACUGUUGUGGAUAGAUCUGAGAUUGUCCAUGAGAAAAGAAAACACAGCACUAAGAAAAUCUCAGACCAUACUGUUGCUGAUGUAUCAGAGCAGGGCACAAGUGCCUCUUCUGAGAAAAGGAAAGCAUUAAAAGUGUCCAAGAACAAAGAGUCCAAUCCCGAGAAAAGUAUUGGACAGAAAGCAGGAGGCAAGCAUGAUAUUGAGCCGCAUAACGAUCUUAUUACUGUCUCGCAGACUACUAUAACAAAUGGUAUAAAUACAGAAAAUCGAGGAGCUGAUGAGGACUUGAAUGCUGGUGAUGGUUAUAUUGGUAACAAUUGCCAGAGACGAGCUUCCCUCCCUGCUAAUUUCAGUGAUCAGGAUAGUGAGUUACACAGCACUCCACGGCUGCCCAGUUAUAUGGCCCCGACUGAAUCGGCAAAGGCAAAGCUACGACCACAAGGCUCCCCAAGGUUUGCUGCUGAUCUGUUAGACAAAAAUGCUAUGACCAGGAGGCAUUCGCUUUCAUCUUCGUUUAAUAGCAAGUCAGGUUCAUUUUCUCCCAGAGCAGAAAGAUUGGUAGCCUUGAGCGGCAAAGGAGCACUAAGGACUGAUAGAUCCCUGUCGUCUUCAAGGGAUGUGACAGAUAAGUUGAUCCAACCUCAAUGGAGAAGGUGAUUUUACAUGAUCUUUCAGAUCAGAGAUACUUCAAGGUGGUAAAAACAAUAGAGUUUAUCAAAAAGCAGAAAAGAUUGGUGAUUUAUAUUACAGCAUUUCUUUCACUCAUGUUAUUAUUGAGGAUCAUAGAUGCAUAAGGGAUAUAUAUUUUGUGAUUAGAGUCUAUUUCUUUGUUGAGUAUAUAUUUACAGAUAUGAACAGGUCUUGCUGGCCUGGCUGAUGUGUUUUGCUCAAACUAUAACCGAGUUUCACACUAUUCUAUAUUUGAGAAAUCUUUGUUUAUUUUAGAUCAAA